AUGGAUGAAGAAAACGAGACGGAGGUUGACGGAUAUACGGAUAUCAAUGUGAAUGCUGCUGAAGAGAGUGACCACGAGACCGAAUCGGAACUAGAAGGAUCAAGCGAUGAUGAAAUUCUUUCAGUCGAUUCUGAUGAAUUUUACGUUCAACCAACACCAGCGCUACAUGCCGCUAAAGGAGAUAUAACGACGGUUUUAUUGGUUAAUAAUGAAAACAGUGGACGUAACGGUCAUUUAGGCCACUUUGUAAAUGUGCGUCCAGAAGUUGGCUUUUUAACGUCAACCGCACGCACCUUUAUACAGGAAGGCGUAACAACAGAAUAUGCCACUCAAAUAGUGGGCACAACGCUGGAAAAUGGACGUUUAUAUGCACAAGUCUUAAAGAAAAGUUCAAGAGUGUUCUACGACAACGGCCAGCUACCGCAUCAAACGUUUGUUUCGCCUACAGUUGUUACCAGCUGGGUGGGUGAUAAUUUGGAAUUGCAAACUAAAUCCCUGUUAGAGAGUCAUAAUGAUCUAUUCAACGCCGAUCAGCCAGAUUGGCAAGAUAUUGAUGAUAGUUUACUAAUUGACGGUGGCAGUGCUUUUGUUGGUAAUACUGAUUUUAUUGAUGUGAGCGAGAUAAAGAAAAAACAACAAAAGUUAGUUACCACUUUGGUUUCAGCGGUUCCCGGCUAUAUUUCGACAAACUUUAGUAAUAGCAACAACAAUGGACACAGCGUUGAGGCAAAUGGGCUUGUAGCUAUUCCUUUGCACAUAGCAAGCCGCUUAGGGCAGUUGGAAGAGAACGCUGGCGAAUUGGCAGCGAAUAAAGUUUUGCCCAUUGGUGACUUACCCACAUAUACCGUUCGUAAUCAUUUCUCGCCAAGUGGCUUUUCCACAGCAAACACCAUAAAACAAGUACAGUUAUCUCAGCAUUCAGUAGAAAGCGAAGACAGAAAAUCUUCGCGUUUAUUUAAAAGUAUUGACAAUAAUGAAUUGUACCUCAAUCGCUCACCAAAACAUUAUUACCAACAAUUGAAAAGUGUUAAUGGUAAUAUUAGUAGUUCAUUAAAGCCGCCGCACACAGCAGCACUUUUCACUAGGCAUUUUUCGACCACAACAUAUUAUGGAUUCGCGGAUUUUACCACUAUUGUAGGUGAUAGUGUAAUUGUUUUUUCUCCAAGUACUUACUCACACAACAUAAAUUUGGGUCACGUGACUUCGAUAAAAGGCGAAGCAACUUUGGAUGGUGGUGGCAUUAAAAACGCCCAGGUAUCUACUGUGGCUAUAAGCAUUAAUGCAGAAUUCAUAGCACCUACAUUAGCUGCAAACACGCAGUUUUUAGAAACUGUUCAAGUAAAUAAUUUAAGUAAACAGCAGGAUGAUAGUUUGAGCAUAUAUUUUAUGUCUACCAUAAUGCCAUCGCAGGGACCAAAAGAGAUCUCACAUGAAGUGGCAUAUAGUAGGGACGGUCAAUUGGAAAUAUCCCAUGUGGGUGUUGUAAUAAGUAAUGCUACAAGCAGCAUUAAUGUAGAAAAUGAGGUAAAUAAGUCAAUGAGCUUGGGCGAAAUCAUACUCACAGUUGACAAGCAGACGUUGGUGACAACGGCUACAUAUUCCCGCCCUUCUGAUCAGGAAGUUUUGGAAAUAUACGCCUCUCUUUCGCGCGCAGAGGCAGCACGCAAAUCUGCUACGCAGACAAAAAUUGCACCAACGGCAGUUAAGGAUGAGGAAAUGUCUACUGACCAGUUAGUUGUUGAAAGGAAUAUAAUUACGACGGUUUUAUCUGUACAAAGCAGUGAAGACCGCAGCUCUGAAGCAACUAAUGCGGAUGUUUCUCUACUAAGUGCUAGUUCCUCCGUGAAGAUCUUAGGUGGCGCAACUACAAUAUUUUUCGAAGACGACCCCUUUGCUAACUUUGUUGAACCAACAUCUACUUUGAACUUGAAAUAUGCACAAGUGCAUAAAGAUGUUAUAGUGGUAACUGAUACCACUGAUAUGUUAGAGGCAAAUGGAAUACAACUCGAUUACGAAACAACAACUAAUAGCCAAACAACGAUGGAAGAAUACGAAGAUAUCAAUGACGCAACCAGAGAUCUGCCGAAAAUUAUUGCAAACAAUAACUUUGAGGAAGAAAAGAGCGUAGAAGAGCACAAUUCUUUUAAAACUAUAGAAACAGUUGACCCCGGCAGUGAUGGCCAGCCGGUGAAGCCGCCGACCAAUGCCAGUGUGAUAGAAAUCGUUGUCAAUGAUGAUAUUGUUGAAUUCAAGGACUGCAUAAGAACUUCACAGACUUUUCUUACGCAAAAAGCGCCAACAACAACUCAGUUAAACACGGUAUACGAAGCCAUAACUGGUUCACAAGAAGAAAAUAAAACAGUCAAAAUUGAAACUUUAAUUCCGCCGACCUUUGAUAUUUUAGAAACAACUAAGCACUAUUGUAUAAAACCUAAAGCAACCGGAAUAAUAACAGCGACAAACAAUCUAACUGAAAGUAUUGCGAUAAUGGAGCUAGAAGAUACUUCCCAGUUAGAAAAGCCACAGCUACAGAUUGUUAAUGAAACAGAAGUUGAAGUGUUGAAUGAAACAAAUUCAACAACAACCGCAGCCCAAAACGAAGUAGAAUAUGAGGAAGAAGCAACAGACGCCAGCGAUACAGGAUCCGAUACCGAUGCUGAUACUGAUAUUGAUCUAGAUGACGUAGUCUACUCGGUUGAAGAGGACUCCGGUGAAGAGAUUGAAUUAAUUUAUAAGACACUCUAUACAACGUAUACCUACCUGACAACAUUCUUUAAUGACGGCAGUAGUACCAGUAUAUCAAGCCACACGGAAGUGUUUACCAAUGUUUUGACGUCUACUUUGAAACCAGGCAGCGGGGAAAUAAAAUCAACUGCUUCCAUAAUAUCACCUACAGCGAACACUAUGAGUGUAGAAGAGGGAUUUAAUAUGAGGAAUCAGCAUGACCACAGCGCUAGUAAAUCUGCAAGUACCUCAAAAUUUGUACUACCGACCGAGUUGGAGAGCAUAUUGCGUGAAGGGGAAUAUACCAAAGACAGCAGCACUGAUGCUGAUGCCAUUGACGAGAAACUAAGCUUUACCACUACCGUUUUAGAUGACAACAAAGUAGUGAAAACAUACUUUACAACCUAUACGUAUUACACAACUAUAUUUGUAGAGGGUGAAACAGAAACCAUGUCCAGAACCGUGGUGUACACAAAUUACGUUACAGACUCUAUAGCGCCUACCACUGUGUUUGCAAUUAAUAAAGCAACACAAGCAAAAGUAACUGGCAUGCCGGUCGAUAGAUCUACAGAAGUCACAAACACUAUUUUAGCCAAUAAUGUUAGCAGUUUAAAUGGAGUGAAAGAAAUAGAAGAAAACAUGUCGAAUGACCAUCAACAAUUAAGCUAUAGCACUAUGAUCCGCACGCACGCCGUAUCUACUUAUAGCAAUCAGUCAGAGCCUGAUCUUAACAACUAUACAUCUGUUACUCUAGUUACUGAUGUGCGGUCCAGCAGUUCGAAUGGCGAUCACCAUAUCAUUAACCAAAAGCUUGAUUCUGUGGAUGACCAGAUAAGUUCGGAGAGUAAUACAGACGAAAUAAGGCCAUCAGCUACAUUGCUGUUACAGACGAGUUUCACCACCUUUACGUACUAUACAACGAUGUAUAACAAUGAUGAUACAAAUGUAGUUAGUCGCCUAGAGACAAUAACCAAUGUAGUUACCGAAACAUUGCAGCCGAGCAAAACUGAAAGUAUUGACGAAGCAACGCUACCUAUAACAUAUUUCACCACUUUCACCUACUGGACGAAACUAGCAAAGUAUGGGGAAAUAACAACUCUUAGCAGAGAGGAGACAAUUUCAAAUAUUAUUCCACCGAGUUUAAUACCAUCAAUAUCUGCUUUGAUUACAAUCAGUUCUUCAUUAAAUAGUUACGUACCGCUAGACAUAAGUACAACAACUGGAGAAGCAAUUGCUGAUGCAACUGAUAAUCAAAUAGAUAACUUUACCAGUGGCUUAUCAGAAGAUUCGAUUAACGUACCAAUAAAUGCUGACGAAAUACAUAAGACAGAGAUCUUUGAGCCCACGACUUACUAUACAACCUAUACAUAUUACACCACUUCAUACGAUGUUGAUACGACAAUUACAGAUUCACGUUUCGAAACAGUCACUAAUGUGGUCAUGCCAACACUCAUACUGCCAGAUGCAACUAAAGCAGUUGAAGAUGAUGAAGGCACUACUGAAGUUAGCAAUAUUGAUGGUUUAAUUGACUUAAGACCCUCCAUGAGUAAUGAAAGUAAAAUCGGCAGUACCCUAGCUCUGCCAAAAGCAGCUCUUGUGCUUUACGACUAUAAAAAGAUCAUCGAUUCGGAAGGCAUUAGUACAUUGUAUUUUACCACGGAGGUACUGCCCACUACCGCUGCCGAUGGUUCGCCUUCCGAAAUUACCAGCAGCAUGUCGAGUUUAUAUAUUGAUGAAGCGAAGAAAGCUUUGCAGCCGAGCACCAAUGCAGUCGCAGUGAAUGCGGAUGGUAGCACUGCGCGUCAUUAUAAAACGGGUUUGGUGCGGUUAAUUGAAGGCACACGAAUUGCCAACCAUACAACAACCUUUUAUCAGUCGAAAGUUAUUGGAACUUUUAUUGAGAAUCGUUAUGCUCAAAUUAUUGAGAGCACAUCUAGUUUUAUUUUUGAGACAAAUAAGUUGAAUGGAAAUAACGUUAUGGCCUCCGGUGAGGUUAUUGAACCAACACUUACACCCAUAACACCUCCAGCAAUCGAGGCCACGCAAGUAGUAACGCUAAAUGAACCGACUGCUCAUGCAAGUAUUGCAGACAAUGGCUCCGCAGAAAGUGCUACCGAUUUGCCCAUAGGCAACGAUAGCUCUAAAGACGAUGAUGAAGAUGAAACUGAUGAGGAUGAAGCCAAUAAAGGUCGUUUGCCAUUCCAAUCAAAGAAACGUACUUUUACACCGGUAAUACGCCCGUUCGCAUCACGCAACCGACCACAAUUCGCACCAAAGAAAAAGAGCGGUGCACCAAGUAGCGCAACUAUUAUAACACGUAUUGAUUUCACACCAACUAUAACUGCAACACCGGCGCUAAAAACCACCGGUCGAUUUAGCACUUUACGAAAAGGUGGGCUUUAUAGUAGUCCUAUUUCGACAGGUUCACCUGUUAUUUCUAAUGGUUCUUCAUCUCGUAGAUCCUUUGGUCGGCCAAUAAAAUCCUCACAGCCUUCUGGUAAUAGUGGUGGACUAAAUUCGCCGUCCAUUUCAUUUAGUAGUGGUUUUGUCGGUAGCCGAAAUCGACUUUCGUCUUCUCCUCGUCCGUUGUUACAGUCUUCUACACGACGCGCGGGGGUUUUGAUACGGCCCUCAUCUUCUGGAGUUUUUCGGCCAGUCUUUUCAACUUCUUAUGCUGGUAAUUCACGUAUACGUGUUAAGCCAACUGGUUUGGGACUACCUGGCUAUCAAAAUACGGCAACAGAGAGCAUAACUACUUUGACACCUGAUGUAAGCGGGGAAGAGGAGUCAACUACGCCUGUACUGCACAUAAAUGACAACGAAAAUGAAGAGGGAACGCUUGAUGCCAUUCGUCGAAACCAAAACCCUUUACUACGCUUUCGUAGACCAAUAAAUCGCCCAGCUGGCUUUACACCAGCUAGCCAGCGCACUAUUACUGGUGGUGCGGUUUCAGCACGGCGAAAUCCUUUAACAGGGCGCGCCAAAUCUGCAACUACUCCUUCUACCACCACAACAACCACACCACAAUCGCGUCCACGCAGCUUUCAACGACCACAAAUUGGAAACAUAGCAAGCAAACCACGCCCUCAAAAUAGCCUUUUCCCACCACGCGGACUACUUCAGAAACAAAAUAAUCAAGAAACCAAUGAAGCAAAAGAAAAUAAAAAGGAUGAAAAAUUAGAAGGUAACUUCGAUGCAGAUGACGACUCUGAAUAUGAUGACGAAGAUGAGGAGGAUAAUGAAGAUGAUGUCGAUGGUGAUAACAGCCGACGUCGUCGCUCUAAUUCCAAACAGCAUAAAUCUUCGAUAAAGGCAGUGGCAUUGAAAACAGUUAAAACCGAUAGAUAUAUAAAAUACUAUGAGAAACCUGAAAGGUAUUUACGGGUACGUCGUGAAACCGAUAAGUCGUUACACAGGCGUAGUAACUUUCGUAACAGAUUCCGUCGCCCAAAGCUUACUUCAGCUGACGAAGAACGCAAUUUUACUGAAAACGUCGAGCCAGAAACGCUACCACCGACCACAGCACCAACGCGGCCAAGGGUGAGCGGACGUUUCGUCUCGCGCUAUACGGGACUUCAUAGUACGCAGGCAGCUGCGAUCACGAUAGUUAGUACAGCAAAUCAUCGUGCAAUAAGACCAACCCGACCCACAAAUGGACGCGCCCAAUUUACUCUACGUGAGAAAGAUAACAUCACAACUCAGAAAGGUUUGACGCGUGCCGGCACAAAUAAUUUUCGUCGACCACAAACUGCGGCCUCAGCUCGUCGAACAUCACCGGCGUCCACAAGCAGCACUCGCCGUUUAAAAUCAUACAAGAAUAAUUUGUCACAGGACUCAUCUGUGCGAAAUACAUCACCGAGAGGGCGUAAUAAUUUGAGUCGCACACGUACCACCAUGCGCGGUCGUAGUCGUAAUGAUUACAAUGCCGAUCUAGUUGUAAUACCUAAUGUUGGAACCAUUACCGUUACACACGUGCUACCGGCAGAAGUAACUAUACCAAUUGUAAAUGGUAAAAUAACCGAAUAUAAAAAUGUUAUUACAGCGAAGACGAGCACAGAGGUAUUGGGGCCCCAACAAUUCACCAGUUUUGUUGGUAGUAAUGGGCAGACAAUGUUGGCACUGAUACGCGAAGACUCCAGUGUGAAUUUUGGUGGCGCCACUGAAAUCACGCAGUAUGUGCUGCACGAGUCGCCGACUACAACUGUAAUAUUCACGCCAACAACAAUACGUGGGCGAAAAACAUCAUUUUCCCACAUAAUACCUUCAACUGUUUAUUCAGUGGAAAAUGUUGUUUCAACAUCACAUCCACAAAUAUCUGCGAAUGCGCCUUUGGCUAACAUAUUACUAUCACAGCUGUUACUUGGCAAUAUUGGCCUACCGCCUGCAAACCCCCUGCUUGGUGCAUUAGGCGCUGCAACUACACCUACACCUAAUCAAUUAGCAAUCGGUUCAUUAGGUACCCAUGUGAUAGCAACGCCAGUUACCGAAUAUCGCACACAUACAUCUACCUACGUUACAACGGUUUUUGAGGGAAUGUCCACUGUUUUGCCAGUAACAUUCCAGGGGAAAAAGAUAUUGACCACCGUUUAUGAUACAACGGCCCAAACAAUAACAGCUACGGAAUUUGUCACAGAUACCAUUGUAACGACUUCAACGCAACAACCAUUGAUUGCCCAGGUACCGCAAGUCAACAACUUAUUGCUACAACAAUUGUUAUUGCAACAGCAGCUACAACCACAAAUCGAACAGCUACCCAUACUACAUUCAACAGCACCACAACUGCUGCUAUCAGAUAAUAUACAGGAUCUAGAUUCGAAUAAUAUCCGGCUAUCCAAUGAAAAUGAAAAUGAUAUACCUAUUAUCGAAGAAAAUCAGUCAAAUAAAGUUGUGCGGAAAAAGUCACGUAAAUCUGGCAAGUCACAUAAACGAAAACAUCAUUCAGCACAAGAUGAAGCACCAGAGGGAUCUAGUAUAAUCACAUUGUAUGUUUCUGGUCGACGUCCAGGCGAAUUUAGCACGAUUUUGAGCACUGUGCCACUGAGCUAUGAUUCUACAGUACACAAGCGUCAAGCGCUUAGUGAUGUGAAACAAACAACUAGCAUUGAUUCAAUCACUGAUUUUUACGUAACAGAUGGUAGUGAAUUUGUUGAGGAGUACAUGUUGCCAGAACUGCCAAGUAAUGAGGUCAAUGACAUUACAGUGCCUCAGAUAAAAAGCGGCGAAUACAAUUCGUUCGAUCAAACGCAAUCGCUUGAGAGCAUUGUCGGAGAUGUUGAAACAUGGCUCGCUAACACCACUCAUGCGUAUAGCGAGCAAACAACAGCUAAGUUAUUGGCGAUCACUAGCACACUGCAGAGCGGAAGAUUUCAACAGGCCGAAAGUCGUCUAUUUAACAAACCAUCGAAUACGACAAACACGCCAGUUGGAAAUAGGAAAAACUAUAAUUCUUUAGUUUAAG